CAUGUUUGUUAAAGGAAACGAUGGAAAUUGUUGAAGUUGUCAAUAAAAUGAACAAAGACUACCUUAGAUCAGAUUUCGACAAAAAGAUUAUGCUUAGAUCACUAUUUGUGCAAGUUUUGGCAGGAGAUAGUAUUAAUUUGUGGGAAGAUUUAUACUCUUUUGUGACUACAAACUUGGAUUUUGUACGAUCAGUAAAAGAUGAGGCUGAGUUCAGAUAUUUUGCCAAUCGAUCUAUGAGGAAUCUUCAAACUUCACUUGAUAAUCAAUCAGGAGAUAGAUCGUCAAGCUCAACAUUACGUCUAAGAACUAUUUUUGUUGAACUUUCUGAAAUGUUUGCGUACGUGUUAACCACAUGUUCCACAGAAUCGAACAUGGUGUACGAUAGUGAAUCUGUUACUAUUCCACUUUUACCUUCAUGGUACUGCGGUGUCAGUAAUUUUCAAGACGGGAAAUCAAUUUCUGUCGAUAGUAGUAAAACAAAGAGUAUUCAAUGUUCAUUAUUUAGUUUGUUAGGACAGGAAGAUCAUUCAUUGGAAAAUCUUCUACAAAAAAUUCCAUUCGGUAACUCGAAAUACAGAGCAUUUGGUGAAUACAUAAAGAAUUUGUCAAGUAAUAAAUCCGAAACAUCUUCAAAAGAAAUUGAGAAUAUGCGCCCAAAUAAUGGUUUCGAUGCAAUCGUCUACUUUUCAGUCUGCAGAAAAAUAGGAGUUUAUGAGUUUAUGUACUUCACCAGAAAAAAACUCGAGAGCAGAAAUAUAUCACCAUAUGAUCUAGAACCUAUUUUAAGACCAAGGAAUGAUGAACCACAUUAUAUAUUCAGUACAUUUGGUAUACUGGUCGCAACUGGAACUGAACAGGAGCAUUUAAGUCUCACAGAAUGGUUUUCAGAAGCAGUUUUAUGCGAAACUUUAAAGAAAAAUCCCACAUUUUGCUACCUUUCAGCUUGGAAACCCAUUUUCACCUGGCGUCAAAUUACGAGAAGAAGAAAAUUCAAACGGAUACGUAAUAUUUUAUUAAAUAAUUGUCUACUUGCAAAUCCUUUAUAUGUUCGAUUAUUUCAGGUAGUUCAAAAACUCUUUGAUUCUCUGGAUACUUUGAAAUUCUUUCCGAAUAGCACGUGUCCAUUGAAUAUGGUACAAUUUUGUGCUCACAUUAACCGAAAUAUACGUUACAAUACUAUUUUAAUAUCACAUGUAACAAACUGUAUAUGUAUUGCGUUAAAAUUUGCAAGAUAUGCUCUCGCUAAACUAAUACGUUAUAAAGAAGAUGAAUUAAAUUGGAACUCUAAAGAAAUCAAUCAAACUAUACCAAUGACUGAAACAUGGAAAAAAGGUUUAGUGAUAAAAAAUGAUUUAGAACAAUUACGUAACCAAUUGGAUAAUUUUCCAAAUGUAUUACAUUGUAUCCGUUAUCGACUGGCAAGUUCUCUUUUAUAUAAAUUUCAAUCAAGUAUACAAAACUACAUUUAUAAUGAAUUAAAGUUGAGCAGUAUAGAACAGAAAGAUAAACAAAGAGAGAAUAUUAAAGAAGAUAUAAUUGUGAACAAUUCUCGUUUAAUUAUUUAUCCUGUUUUAUUAAAACAAUCUGAGGAACCAAGUCAAUUACUUCUUUGGCCACCAUCUGUCACUAUGGUAAAUAUUUUCAAUUUGACAUUUGAACAAUUCAAAGAAUCAUUACAUUUAAACAAAAUAAUAUUAGAAAAUCAACUUACACAAAUCUAUUUCAAUGAAGAGAAAGAAAUUGAUAACAUUUGUGAAAUCAUUGAUAAUCAAGUGGAUAUUCAUUCUAUUAUUCAAAUGUUUUAUAAAAAUUCUAAUUUAAUGAAUAGAAAUUAUUUAAAACAUACAACUAUGAUUUCAUGGAAUAGAAUGAAUCCAAAUGGUUUAGAAGUAACCAAUGUGUCUAUUCGUGAUAUGAUUAAUUGUUAUCUACCAAGUUAUACAGAAUUUGUGAAAGGCCUUAUACCUGAACAUCAGUUUCACUAUAAUCAGUCGAUAUUAUCUGGUAUGGAUCUGGAUCAAUCCCAUCUUAAUAUUAGUGGUCAUAAUUACUUCCCUACCAUUGAAAAUGCAUCUCAAAUGGGAUUACAUUCUCUUAUUGAGCAACAAUGUGAAGCGAUGAAACUUUAUGACUGUUUAAUGACUUCAUGGAGUGACAGAAUACAUGAAAAGACGAAUGAUAUAAUUCUAUCUUUAGAAUGGAUUAUCAAUAUGGAUGAAACAAUAAAUGAGUUAAGUAUACUAUUAAGAAAUGAAGAUUUACAUACAGAAUUUCAUAAACAUCAACGCUUAUUCCAAACAUCAUUUCAAUUGGUCAAUCGUUUAAUAAAUCACGUUAAAUAUGAAAGUCUUUUAAAUGACAAUAAUGAUAAUAAUAAUGAUUUACAAUGCUUCAUUUUAAUUGACUAUAAUCCAUUAUUUAAUUUAUUAUAUAAUGAAAUUACAGAGAAAUUAAGUAAAUUAUUUACAAUAUUUAUAACAAUAGUUCAAAAUUCAUUAAUAUCAAUCAAUAAUCAAUUGGAUGAUUUUAUUCAAAUACAUACAAAUAUUCAAUCUGAUUUUAAUGGAUUCAUACAAGUUGUUACCUAUUUAAAUCGUGUACAUAAUUGUCAUGUGAAAUUAUUUAAAGACCAUGAUAAUCUAUGUCGUCAAGUUGAAUUUAUACAACAUUUUCAAAAAUGUUUAAACCAUUGUGAAGAAUUAAAAUUCAUUCAACUUGUUAAAUGGUCACAAUAUGAACAGUUUAUAAUUAAAUGGAAAAAGUUUACAAAUCAAAUUGAAUGGGCUAGAAAAAAAUUUCGAAGAUAUCAAGAAGAAUUCUAUCAAGUUUAUAAUAAAAAAGUUGAGGAGACGAUAAAAGAAGUUGAACGUUUAGUUCAUUUACUUACAACUGGCAAAUAUUCUGAUGUUAAUAAUGAUGCACAAAUGAUACUAAACGACAUGAAGGAACCAUAUUGUUAUGUCAUGAAAUUAGAAAGUUCUAUUCAUCAACUUAUAGAUCAACAUAAAACUGUUCAAAAUUGUGAAUAUAAUGAGAAACAAUUUGAAAAAGCUAAAAUUGAUAAAAUGAAUCUAUCGUAUUCAUCGAAUAGAUCAUUGAUGAAUACAACGAUUACAUUGGAUAAUACACUUUAUAUUACAGAUAAUUGUCAAGUUAAUUUUAAACAUUUAAAACAAUCAUGUAAAUAUUUUAUUGAAGCAAAUAAUAUUUUAUUAUAUAUUGAUAAUGAAAUGAAAAAAGUCAAUUGUAGAUAUGAUGCAUGGCAACUAAAUUUGAAAAUUGAUACAUUUAAACAAGAGUUAUAUAAAUCAAGAUUAGGAGAAAUACCUUUAAAUAUGUUCAAUGAGAAAUAUCAAAAACUUGUUUCAUUAUGUAAUCAAUUAAGAAAUGAUGAUGUAAUUGUUCAAUAUGAUACGAAAUGUUUGAAUAAAAUGGAGAAAUUAUUGAAACUCUUAAGUUAUAUUUUGGAUACAGAAUUGUUGUCUUUCUCAUCAGAAUAUUGGAAUCAUUGUUCAAAACUAUUAAAUAUAUCAAUCAAUAUCAAUUGGAAAAAUUGUACAAUCAGUGAUUUAAUCAAUAAUCCUGAGUCUAAUUUAUUCAAACAAGAAUAUCAAUUAAAGGAAAUCAAUAAUAUAUUUCAAUAUUUAUUAUCGAUUUAUCAAAUUAAAACAACAAUUGAAAAUCAAUUCAAAUCAUUAAAUAUUCAAUUUAUAUCAAUGAAAUCACAUUCAGAAUUGAUUAAAUCUAUUCAUUUAUCAUUUCGUAAUGAAUAUAUUGAUCAAAUGAAUCAGUGGUUAUAUUUAUAUCGAUUAUAUUCAUUAAAACAAAGUGAUGAAGAAUGUAACUCAAGUCAAUUCAUUAUAUUAACUGAUAAUUACAUACAUUUGGAAAAUGAUAUACUACUAAAUAAUGAUCGAGUAAUAUCUGUUCAAUCUAUCGAAUAUGAGGACAAUGAACGAAUUCAAAUAAAUUGUAUAAAUUUACAAUGUUUUAUUGAAAUUGUUCAUAGUAAAUGGGAUUUGUGGUUAAUAUUAAAGAAUGAUCUUUAUGAACAUGUUAGUAUGUUUGAGAAAUCAAUCGAUGAAAUGUGUGAGACAUUUCCAUUAUUUUGUUUAUUAUCCAAAAUGGAAAGAAUUGAACUCCUAAGUAAUUGGUCCAUUCCAUAUUGUGAUUAUGCAGCUCCACUGAAAUGUUCUGUUGAGGACUUUACUGAUCAAAAACAAAAUUCUUACCAGUCUUCUUUAGAUACUAAUUAUGGAUUAGUCAAUCUGAAUAAAUGGAUAAAACGCUUAUUUCCAUAUCUGUUAGAUUGUGUAAUAAUAUGGUGUAAAGCAGAGAAAUGUUGGAAGAUUACUGGAGUCAUUAAUGAAUUCCAUCAACAUAUUGAACUAUUAGAUUCACUUAAAUGGAUUCCAUCAAUUAAUCAAUGGUUUACACAAUUUUAUUCAACAUUACAAUUAACAUUCUUAAGAAUGACAUUGAAUUCCUUGUUAAAUGCCGAAAGAAACCAUAAAUGGAUAAAUGAGUCCAUCAGAAAGAAACAAUUAAUACCUGUCAUUAUUUUAGAAUUAACUAUACGACUUAUGAAUUGGCAAAAAUUAGAGAAAAUUAUAAUAAAAGAAGAUCGAAGAGAUGAAUUCGUUAAAAUAAUUUCAACAUUAAAUCCUGAAAGGAAUGAGUACUUUUCGAAUGAAUUUAAUGAGUACAAUGAUAUUCCAACAAUUGGGAUCAAACAAUUUUCAACAAUUCAUCCUUAUAAAUGGGAUAAUCAAAGUUUACUAAUCAAUAAUGACACAUUAUAUAUACCGUUAUUAAAUACUUCACAAGAAUUAAUUCAACUUGGAUCAGCGUUGAAUAAUCAUGAGUUUGGACUAUUAAUUGGAUCAUUUGGAAGUGGUAAACAAACAAUAAUUCGUCAACUUGCUUUUCUACUUGGUCGUCGUCUUAUAGAAUUUUCAUCUAACAUCUUCAAUGAUACAUUUGAGAACACAUUAAAAAAUGAUAUUCUUAGUUGCAUACGAAUUGGUUGUUUAUUUUCAAUAAUGAAUAUGCAUAACUUAAAAUUUGGAGAAUUGGAAAUCGUGAUAAACUGUUUGAAUGAAGUUCGAAAAUGUAAUUUUAUGAGCAACGGUCGGAUUCAAUUUGCAGAUUUUACAAAGAAUCUUCAACAAUCUAUUGAGAACAUUGAUAAAAAUAGUCACAAGUUAAUCACUUAUCAUUCUAAUCAAUAUAUUUCUGAACCGAAACAAUGUUUAUUUAAUCAAAGUAUUAGAAUGGAUUGCAGUUUUGGAUUAUUCGGUACAUAUGAUUCCCGAUUUUUUCAAAAUCUGCCAAAAGUACAAAAACUUUUAUUUCGUAAUAUAACCAUUGGAUGGCCAAAUUAUUCAUUUAUUAUACAAUGUCUUUUCAAAUAUUAUUUACCUGAAUAUCAAAGUUCUUCAAUAAAGCAUCGACUAGUCAAUUUGUUGAAUAGAUCUUUAACAUAUUUUACAAAUGAAUCAGUUCUUCAUUAUAAACAAACAAAUACCUACUACUUAUCACUUUCAACUAUUAUCAAAACAUUUGAAUAUGCUAAACAAUUUUGGUUAGAAAAAUUUAAUCACCUUCAAGAUAUACGUAAACAUACUGCACUCAAAUCAUUAGUAAUAUUGAGAAAGGAAGAAGAUAGAUUAGCUGAAAUUUCAAUACGAUAUGGAUUGUCUAAAGCUUAUAGAAUAAAUUUAUCUAUGGAUUGUAUUAAAGAUAAUUUCAAGAAAGUUUUAUUACAAUCCAGCUUAGAUUUUGAUUGGUUAUCAACCAUUGAGCAAUAUUUAUCAUUAAAUUCUGCAUUACCUUUCAUGUCUAGUAAUGAAGAAUGUUUAAAAUGUGAUGAUAAUAAUAUGUAUCCAAAAGUUUCAUGGGAAUUUAUUUAUCGAUUGUUAAGAGAAGUGUAUGUACGUAAUUUGGAAAUAGUUAAUGGUCAGUUAAUAAAGAUAAUUGAAUUAUGGCAACUAAUAAAUGUAAAUCGUCCAAUUUUAAUUAUUGGCUCAGUUGGAUCAGGUAAAAGUACCAUUUUAAAAAUACUUAUUUCUACAAUCAAUUGGUAUCAUUGUACAAAGAGUAAACAGUUGAAUAAGUAUUUAUCAUCAUUAUCCGAGUCAACAUUAUUAUCAACGUACAAAUCAUCAUCAUCACCAUCAUCAACAUCAUUAUCAUCAUCAUCAUCAUCAUCAUCAUCGGGAUCGGCAUCAUGCGAAUUGUCAUCAUCAAUACCAACAUCAUCAUUAUCAAAACAAUUAAAUUCAUCUUCAGUUUCAAUUGAGGAAAACAGUAACAAUCAAGAAAUAAAUAAUGAUGUUGAUAUGAAGAUAUUCAAUAUACCAGAUCAAUUGAAUUCAUAUCUUAAUAAGUUUAAUCUUAUUUCAACAACACAUUCCAAUAUAAAACAAUUUGAUGUAUACAAUAAAAUAAUUUCAUUAAAACAAUUAUUUCCAUAUUCAAAUGAACAUUUAACAAGUUUGUUUUUAAAUGAUGAUAAUAAUGUUACUAAAUUAGAAGUGGAUAUAUCAAAUAUAUUUGAAGAAUGGAUAUUGUUAGAUUUAAGUGACCAGUCUAUUGAACAUUUGACAUUUUUAAAUAAUGGUAACAUUUUGAAUUUAUUGAAAGCAGUUAAAAAUUUUAAAUUCACAAGAAAAUUAUUCAUAGAAAAGACAACAAUAGAUGAUUUAUCUCCAGGUUUAAUUCAUCAAUUUUCAAUAUUGUCAACUGAAGUUAAUAAUGAAUUGAAUUGGUCACAUAUAUGGAGAAUUUGGCGUAAAACAAGUUAUUUAUCAUAUAUGGUUAUAAAUUAUGUAUGGGAUAAAAUUCUUAAUGAACUAGAUAAUCAUAUCCCAACAAUAUUAGAUCAAAUUUGGGAGUUAAUGAAUCAAUGGUGUCACAAUGACAAUGGCUUUUUAAAUAUAACAUCUUAUAAGAAUGCAUUUUGUCAACAAAGUAUUAAAAACUCUUUAGCUUUGAUGUCUGAACUAUUGAACAAAUACUUUCCAAGAGAAUUAUGGGAAUUACGUAAAGAUGGCAUAAAACCAUCAUCUGUUUAUCAAUCAAAUCUUACAUUAAUUGAUUAUUAUUGGUCCGAAUGGCGAAACAUUGAAGACCAACCAGUAUUUUAUGAAAUCUUGAUAAGAAAUUUAUUUUUAUUCUCAUUUAUUUGGGGUAUUGGUGGUGGAUUAGCUGGUGAUCCAAGAUUAAAAUCACGAUUUGAAACAAUCAUGUUAAGAAUAUUAAAGGAUUUUAUUAGAUUGCCUAAUUCAUUGAAUAUUCAUUCCAUAGACAAUUCAUCAUUCACAUUAUCUAUUGAAUCCUAUUAUACAAAUCAAAUGAAUUAUUGUACAAGUAUGAAAUGGAAUAAUAAUAAUAAUAAUCAUAAUCAUGAAAAUGAAUAUGAAAAUAUCAAAGAAUUUCAAUAUAGUUUAUUUAAUUGUCUUAUUGAUUUAAGAACUGGUUAUUUAACACCAUUUUGGUAUACAGAUUAUUUACAAUUACAUUGGCCAGAAGAAUAUGAUAUCAUACAUCCGAAUGGAAAUACUUAUCAUAGUAAACCAUUAUUACCAACAUUAUUUCAUCUUACAGUUCCUUUAUUUACUGGUUCAUUAUUCAUACAAUCUGGUCGACCAGUAAUAAUUUCCGGUCCAUUUGGUUCAGGUAAAUCACAACUUGCAAUUGCUAUAAGUGAAAAUUCAGAACGAUCUAAACAAUUAAUUAGUUCAUAUAAUAAUAAUAAUAAUCAAACGGGGAAAAAGUGUACAAGUUCAUUUCGAAUACAAUCAAAUGAUUUUCUACAUAGAAUCAUUUCUAAUUCACAAAAAACUAAUAAUCAAUAUCCAAAACAAAUAUUUGAUAAAAAAAUCAAUUUGAUGCAUAAUGUUAUCAUUUUAGAAGAUGUACAUCUGAUUUCCAAAACAGCUACAACACAACGAAUAUGGAAUCAAGAAUUACGUAAUCAAUUAACUACUUGUAAUCUUAAUCAUAAUAAUUACUCUAAAGCAAAAUAUAAUUUUAUCCCAAUCUUAACAUCUUUGGAUCAUGAUCAUCAACUACAUUUCUCAACAAAAUUAAAUAGUUUAAUGUAUCAAUUCGCAUAUAUCAGUUUAACAGACCCUUGUUUAUUAUUUGUAAAAGAGAUGAAUAUCGAUGGAUUCCUCUAUGAACAAAAUAUUUAUGGUUUUAGUCCAAUAAGUUUACUUUGUCAAUCAAUGAUGUGUCAUUCAUUGUCAAGAAUAAGUGGAAUGUUAGUUGAGAGAUUCAGUUGGAUAAUAUGGUACAUGCAUUGUGCUUUAAUGAAAGAACGUUGUACUUAUAAUAAUACAAAAGUAGAUUGGUUAAUCAUGCAUAAAAUUGCACAUUCUAUGGGAUACCAUUUAAAAAACUAUUAUCCAUGCAAACCAACUGAUGAAAUCCCAUUGAAUAGUUCAAUUGUAUCAGACAAUAUAAAUAGGCAUAUUUAUUCACGAUGGACACCUUUAUUGAUAAGUGAAUCGAUUCAUCUCAAUUCAAAAAAUCAAAUCAGUAACAUUUUGCAAUCAGUGUUGUUUUUAUGUCAAGAGAUCAAACGAUAUUUUAGUCCAUUAUUACCUAAAGAUUUAUGUUCAGAAUGGUUAUUUAAUAAUUUAUCGAGAUCCAUUGAUUAUUAUUUAAUGAAACCGUCUUCAUUAGGUCUUUUAGUUCCAAUUUCAUACCUUCUAUUUGGACCAGCUGGAAGUCUUUUCCUUGAUUCGAAAAUCACCAGACAGUCUAUUUUACAUUUAAGCAAACAUUCUUUGACAAAAUUGACAAAUACAUCCUCAUCUGUUGUAUCUCAACGUAUUUGUAAUGAAAGUGGAUUUUCGAUCAAUUCAACUUCUUCUCCUUUUGUAUCUUGUUCAACAGUAACAACAUCUUUCAGUUAUUCUUCAUGUUAUUCUAACUCGAUUACAUCUUCGUCUAUACCAACCACAUCUAUAACCAAUAAUUCUUUUUCGACACAAUCAUUCAACACUUUUUCAACAUCUACUCAAUAUAAUUCGAACAAUUAUACUACAUCAAAUUAUUCCACUACUUCAGUAUUUACUUCUUUAUCUGAUUCGUUAGUAUAUGGAUCUUCUUUAACUUCUAUGCCUAUUCUAUCUUCUUCCGUGCUCUCUUUACCGAACUCACGCAUUGAUACAGUCAUGACUACUACUACUUCUACUAUGUCUAUAGUGAAUUCAUUUUCUACUCCACCUACCAUCUCAACAUCAACAUUUUCAACCACUUUAUUAACAAAUGAACUUUCCAGCAUGUCACUCCAGGAGGCUGAACAAGAAAAAAAAGAAGAAGAGAAACAGAUUAUUUCAACUGAAUCAAUAUCUAUUAAUGAUAAUGAUAUAAAUUAUGAAUUUAGUACACAAAUCGAACAGUUAUGUUCGAAGUUGAAUGAUGAAACAGAAACUAGUUUAUCAAAUUAUAAAAGACCAAUCUAUUCAUCAUUCUAUGAAAAAUAUGAUGAAAAGUGUAAUAAAAGUCAUCGAAGUUGGGCAAAGUAUGGUUUAUUAAAUCCUCAUCUUAUACCAUGUAUCAGUUUGCCAGGAUGUUUGGAUCAGACCAAUGAUUUAGAAGCUAUAUUUGUUAAUUUAAAAAAUGACUUAUCUAUAUGUGAUAUAGAAAUCAACAGUUAUGAUUCAGUAUUACAGUAUAUGAUUAGAAAUGCAAUAAAUUUAAUUCACAGUUCAUUAACUCAUAAUCCUUGUUAUAUACUACUGAAUAAUUCUACUAAUUGUAAAACAUAUGGAGUCAAUUUUCAUAUACAAAAACAAAUUAUCAAAUGUAUUAUGAAAUUAAAAAAUUAUCAUAAAAUUUAUUAUACAAAAUGUUUAAUAGAAUUUUUAAUAAAAUUGAAUCAAAAUUCCAAUGAAAAAUUUUGGGAUCAUUAUAAACAAUAUGAAAUGAUUAUUAUUGAUUUAUCAAAUCAAAAUGUGAACCAGACCUUCUAUGAUGCUGAUGAUCAUCAUGAUGAUGAUCAUUUUAAUAACAAUAUUGAUGAGAUUAAUGAUGGUGAUAAUGAUGAUGAUGUAAAUGUGUUACUUUUAUUGAUACAAAGAUUACAGGAACUACGUUUUGAUUUACCAUGGAAUGAAAUGAAUUAUGAUAAGCUGAAAGGAAUUUUUGUUAUUGCUUCAAAGGAUGAUAUAAUGUAUCAUCAACUCAUACAAUAUAUAUCAUGGGAUUGUGUUAUCAAUUUCAAUGAAAUAACAAAUGAUUUACAACAUAUGAAUAUAGAAUUUAAAAGUAUUACUAAUCAUAUAGAUUUUGAUCCAAAAUCUAUAUUGAAAAAUUUCUUGUAUAAUUAUGAUUUCUUAUUAAACAAUAAUAAUGAUAAGAAUCAUUUCAUUUUAUAUGAAUUAUUCAUUGAAGCUUAUUUAUUAACUUAUCAUUAUUUAAAUGAAAAUAUCAAUGAUAUUCAUAGACGACAACGAUUAUACAAUAAUCAAUAUUCAUUCAAUUACAUUAUACAAACAAUCAAUGUUUGGUAUUAUCUUCAAUAUGAUCGUAAUGAACAAUAUAAUAAUCAAUUAUUAUUAUAUAAUCAAUUCAAUGAAACUAAUUUACUUUAUAAUUCAAUGAAGAAUAAUUAUGAUUUAUUAGAGAAUCAAAUCAUUCAAGCUAAUUCUAUAUUAGAAUUAAUGAGAAAAGAUUUAUCUAAUUAUCAAGCGAUAUAUUUACCUGAAGCUAAAUUAAAUUAUACAAAUACAAAUGAACAUUUACAAUAUUUAGAAAAUGAAAUUUUACAUAAAGAAAAUGAAUUAAUGAAUAUGAAGAAACCAAUGGAUCAUGUGAAGAAAUUAGCUGAAAAUGAAUUUCAUAAAUUAAAGAAUGCUUAUCGUUUAGCUGUUCAAGGGUUACAUAAUUUAUCCAUUGAAGAUUUAGAUGAAAUACGAUCAUAUCGUGAACCACCAGAUGAUGUGAAAAAUUGUGUCUAUUUAAUUUGUAUGCUUAUGGAUGAAGAGGAAAAUUGGGAAAAUGCAAAACAUAUGAUGGUUCCAGUCAAAUUUGUUAGUAAAAUCUUGAAACUUUCCAUUCAAUCAAUUAAUAAACAUAAACAUAAUGAAUUAAGAAAACGUUUAAAUAAUUCAAGCAUAUUAACAUUUGAAAAUUUAUUACAGGUAAGUGUUGCUGCUGCCCGAUUAUGUCAAUGGUUAAGAGCAUUAUGUGAUUGCUGUGAUGCUGGAGAACGUUUACAAAAUCACAUUGAUGAUUAUUCUUCAAUUGAAGCACAAGUUAGACGAAAUGAAUCAGCAUUAGGCAAUUUACAUUUAUCAUUACAACUAACAAAAAUAAACAUAGAAAUGGCUAAUAAUCAUUUAGUUGGAUGUGAACAUCAAAUUAAACGUCUUUCAGAGAAUAUCGAUAUAUUAGAUUAUAAAAUUCAUGAAGCUAAAGCAUUGGCAUCAACUAUACAGAGUAAUUUAUCUGAAUUAUACAAUGAUACUAGCAAUCAUGAUGCAACUAAAAAUUUGUCAUUUUGGUUCAAUAUACUCGGAGCAUUGGGGACAGUGUAUUGUCAAACAUUACCAAUUAAGCAUAGAUCUUCAUUGUGGAAUAAUCUCAAAACUCUUGUUUGGAAUAAAAUGAAGGAAGUCUAUCACCAAACUACGAAUGAUCAAAAGGAAGAUUUGAUAAUAUGUGAAAAAUUUCUUCAAAAUUUACCAUUGUUUAAAAUUAUUCAAGCAAAACCAUACGAACCAAUGAAAUGGUUUACAUUGAACAAAAACUUUCCACCAGAAUUAAUACUUUUAUAUAAUAAUCAACAUAUUAGUUAUACACUUGAAGCGAUCCUAUCUAUACUUACAAUUCUAUGGUCGAUUAGAUAUGCUCAUACUAAACAGUGUGAUAACAAUAAUGUGGAUGAAUCAAUGUUAUAUCUGUUUAUUUACGAUCCAGAUCUAACUGGUAUCAAUGUAAUAAAAUCAUUAUUACUAACAAAAGAUUAUACUGAUGAAAGUGAUAACAUUUCUUCAAGCAAAAAAGAUCAUUUAAUUUGUGAUCUUUACAUAGAUAUGAAAGAAUUUAUAUCCAAUUUUAACUACGCCAUUCAUACAAAUAAGAUAAUCUUCAUUAAUGUGGAUCAAUUUCAUAGUUUUAAUGCAAAAGAAAAUAUUAACUAUUUAUUAAGAUUUUAUUUUAAUCAAGUCUUCAAUAAAAAUAUAUCCAGUACAAAAAAUAGUCAAAUUGUUUUAUGGACAUCAUUUAGUCAAUAUACUGAAAUUGGAUUUAAAUGUAGACAGAAAUUUUGCCAAGUUGAUUUUAUAUCAAUUGAUUUAGGCUUAUCUCAUUUGGAAUGUGGCAGUGCAUUAACAAGUUGUUUGUUAGAUCUAUUGCCUAACUGUAACAUUCUUAAUUCACUUCAAAAAUUAAGGAUUCGUGAAAUUGAAACUUUUGAAAAGAUUUGUGAAGAUAAAAUUCAACUAUUGAAUAUAUCAAAUGAAUUAACAAAUUACAAAUUAUUCCAUUCUGAUAUAAAUAAUUCAAUGACCAAUACUAAUUCAAUUCAAUUCAAUGUAGAUUGUUUAAAUUUAACAAGACAACAUAUUGAAUUAGUUAAAAUCUUUUCAAGAUUAUCAAGUAAUAUGAUGCAUUUAAAUGAAUUACAAUUACAACAUGAACAUUUAAACAAUCAACUUAGUAUAUUUACCAAUCAAAAUAAUACAAAUGGAUGUAUCAUAAAUUUUACACGUAAAAUAUCAUUAUUAUUCCAUAGUUUAGAAGAUAUACAAUAUAAAGAUUAUAUUUCAUUUCGUUGGCCAUGUAAACGAUUGUGUGAAUAUAUUCUAUCAAAAUAUGAUCAAGUUUUAUAUUCUUCCCAUUUGGAAAAUGUUAAUGAAAUCAACUCUCCAUCUGAUUUAUUUAUCAGUUAUGAACAUGAAAUACAGGAAAUUGGUCGACGCAUUAUACAUAUGUUAUUGGAAUUCUUUCUCAAUUCUUUAAACACUUGGAACAAUCCAUUAGGAUUAAUAAUACAAAUAAAAAUUUCAAUAUAUUUUAAUAUACUUCAAUAUUCUAAAUUAACUAUUUAUGAAUUACAUAAUCCAGAUCAGAUAAUUGAAAUUGAUCUAUUUAAACAGAUCAUUUUCAGUAAUAUUUUUACAUGUGAAUAUAACUAUCAACAUUGUUUCAAUCACAAUAAAUCAGAGGUUCUUAAACGUAUUCAACUGUUGGAAGAAAAAUUGCCAACUUUAAAAGGUUUAGAAAAAGCAUUAAUGAAUGAGCCACUAAUAUGGACUGAAAUAGUUAAGACAAAAUUGAAUUUUUUUCAUUCAUUGCCUGGAUUCUCUACGAAACUACCAAUACCUGAAUCACAUGUAUUUUUAGUUUGGAUUUCAAUAAGACCUGACCUAUUCCACAUCAUAUCAAAAGUUUUCGUAAAUCAUAUAAUGGCUCAACACAUUACAGCAAAUAAUAAUAAAGAAUAUUCUAGUAGAUCAUUUGAAGCUGAAAAGCAUUUACGUAUCGAUGAAUUGUUUCAACCACAAAUUAUGAAAAGAGUACAAAGGUUUUAUUCAAAUGAAAAUGACUUCUCAUCUUCAGUUAUUUAUUUAAUCCUUCCAAACGAACUGAAUGAAUUCAAACAUAAAGAUUUCUUUGCUCAUGAUAAAUCUGGAAAAGUAGUUGUUUCAAAUGGAUUAAUAAAUACAUUGAAUAAGAUGGCGAUAUAUUCAAAUAGAACUUUGUUUCCUAUUGACUGUGCAAAUACUACUGAUAUCUCCUACUGGUUAUCAGUAUGUGGAUCCAAUACAAAUAUACUUCCAUAUCAAAGAGUUUUAAUUGUUCUUCAAAAUGUACACAUUAUUCACAAGAGAAUGGAUAUACUAUUAGAUGAAUUAUUACAAUAUGGUCUUUAUAAUUUAAGGUAUAAACAAAUUUAUCAUUUACAGAAUCAAGAAAAGCUUAUAUUAAUCAAUAAACUUGGAAUAUGUUUUGAUAUUAUAAUUGAUUUCACAUGUUGUACAUCCGGAAAACAAAUAGUAUCCGUGUAUAAUAGAUUACCGGGUUGGUUAAGAUUAAAAUGUCUACCGUUGUUAUUCCAAUAUGAGAGUGAUCAGUUGUUAUUUACUACGAGUUCGUGGAAAGUGACCUCAUUGGUAAAUAAAAAAGAAAAGCCGAUUUGCUAUCCACAGGAAAAUGUCAAUGACUCUAUAAACGAAGAAAAUUCACAGUUGUGUUUAGAAGAGUCUGAUGGAUUAUAUGAGAAAAUUGAAUCUGUCAAACUUUACGAAUGUAUAUACAACAAACAAGACAUGGAUAAACGAAAACAAUCGAUAGAUACAAUUUGGGCUACGAUUGAGAAAGAAUUAAUGAUACUUGAAACAACCUUCAAAGAAUUGGAAUCACGUUAUUUAUCAUCAUCAUCAUCAUCACCAUCAUCGGCAUCAGCAUCAUCAUCAUCAUUGUCCAUUAAAAAUACUUCACCUAUAUUUUUGUUGACAACUCAGUAUUACGCAUAUUUACGAUUUAUAAAAUAUUAUCAUCAUUAUACCAGAAAAUAUCCAUCAAACAAUUACAAAUUAUUUAUAUGGUUAAAACAUCAAUUAUUAAUUGCAAAACACUUUUAUCAAUUAAUGAAUUCAUGGGAUAUAAAGAAAUUAAUUGGUUUAACAUUACCAGCUUCAAUUAUUGUAAAUCCUCAAUCAUUAUUUGAUUGGAUUCUAUAUUCUACAUUAAAUAAUUCAAUGGAGCAAUAUCAUAUAAUAUCUACUAUUCGAAAGCCAGGAGACAAAGAAAUAUUUAAAAAUGGAUUAAUUAUCACUUCUAUUCGUUUAAUAAUUCAUAGAAAUACUAAAAAGCGUAUUCAUAAUCAAACGGAGUAUAAUUUAAGUAGUCUAUUAAAAAUUACUAAAGUAAUUAGUUUACAAUUAACAACUGUAUCUAAUGAAAUAUUCAACAAAAUGAAUUAUAUCAAUGCUAAAUGGAUUAAAUCAUGGCCUCCUAAUAAAGAUGAAAUAUGUCCAAAACUACCUAUAUUAUUAACAAAUUAUAAUGAAUUAUCAAAGAUUUACAUUAUAACUGAUUACAAUUUGUAAACUUUUGAUUAGAUAAUAUUAAUAAACCAUUUUAAAAAA